GAUCCACGCCGAGUGUCAAGUUCAAGGCAACUUUUCUCGUCUUUGGGAUGAGCCAUUUGUAUGAGAGACACCAUACAGACAAAAUUUGGGGACGCGUCGCUCGUGGGCCCCACCCUCUGGCUCUUCAAACUCCCGCUUCUCCGCGGUGAACGUACGACGCGCUUCUAUUCGCCUGGGAAACCAGCUGUUCGUGGCACUACCUCUUCUUUUCUUCUUCUGCCGCUGCUUCUUCCUCCCGGUCCCCAAACCUGUCCUCGCGAUUCAAGGUCACCUGUGACGCCUCUCAUGGGCCCACGUGAGCUCCGCCGCUAUCGCUCCGUUCUUACGAUAGGAAACUCUUCGCUUUCCAUCUCCCUCGUCCUCUCUCCCUUCGCCCCCAGCCAUUCUUGAUUUCGUCGAGGUUUCGUCUCGAUCUUGUUCCUGGGAAGAUAUCAAACCCUUCUCCGUGCAGGUCGCGCCAUUCUUGGCGCUCGAAGAUGGGCGAGGGUUUUGGCUGGCUCUUGGAAUUUGUUUUCUUGAAAUGGGUUGGUGGCGUCUUUUCCCUGGGAUAAUGUCUCUCAUAAUCGUCACUUAUGGAGUAUCAUCUUCUAAUCAUGUUGGUCUUCAUGGUGAUUGCCUCUUAUGUAGGUCUUCAAGACAUUAAGAUCUGAGACGUAAUUUGAUAAAUCCUUAUGAUACCAAACAUCUAUGUCUCAUUUAGAGAAUCCUGAUAAUCCCGAUUUUCCAUUUCACUGGGGUGAAAAGGGUGAAUUUCUUGAGGACAAAUAUGUCCAGUUUUACAAGUCCUUCACUUACUAUGAUGAGGAGUAUUUUCUAUAUGAUUCUGUCUACCUAUAUGAGACGUAUCAGGACAUACCUUUUAUUGGAAAAAUUUUGGAAAUAUGGGAGCAACAAAGUCAUGGCAGGAAAGUUAAGAUUUUGUGGUUCUUCCGCCCUAAUGAAAUUGUGAAUUAUUUGGGAGAUCAGGUACCCUUGGAGAGAGAGAUAUUCCUGGCAUCUGGCAACGGUCUUGGACUUUUUAAUGUUAACCCACUGGAAGCAAUAGCUGGCAAAUGCCGUGUAAUCUGCACAUCAAAAGACCAAAGGAAUCAACAACCUUCUACUCAAGAAUUGGAAAAUGCUGAAUUCAUUUUCUUCCGCACUUUUGAUGUUAUUAACUUCACAAUAUCUGAUGUAAUGCCUGAUAAAAUAUCUGGAGUCAAUGUAAAGUAUCUUUUAAAUCAAAAGAAGGACCAGAAAGCUUUUCUUACUAAAAGUAAAACUUCUACAAGUGUGGCAGAAGAUCGACCUCAGAAGAAGCUAAGACUGACUGAUAAAUCAACAGACCCAUCAAUUAAUUUACUGACAAACAAAAUGGUUACUGGUUUAAAGGAAUUGAGAAUUGAAUGUGGUGAAGAAAGUGAUGUUGCUCUUAAAAAGUUAGAGCUUGGUAAGUGGGCCAAGUAUGAUGAACUCCAGUUAAAAAAAGAUCCGAAUCCAGUCAGGAAGGAUACAGUGAUUGACCACACAUCAGAUGCUAGCAGAAGCCAGUUUCUGGACAGAAGCAAAUGGUUUCGACAUUCAUGGGAAGCACAACUGGAAGCUGCUAAUCAGGGAGGAAGACUUGUGCUGCUUGGAAAUUUGGACCCAUCCAUCACUUCGCAAGAAAUAGAGGAUAUCAUGUAUAAAGUUUUUCAGCAACAAUGUCGUGUUAAGGUCAUACAACAAGCUACAUUUCAAAUCCACAACUAUGGUCAAGCUUAUGUGAUUUUUAAAGCAAAAGAUAGAGCAGAGCAAGCAGUUAAAGCUAUCAAUGGUGGAUGUCUAAUGCUAUCCCAAGAAAGACCCCUUGUUAGCAGUAUUGGAAUGCUGAAGAUUCCAGCAAAAGCAUCUACUUUGGUUGGUCAUUUGCCAACAUACAGAGGAAGAUUUCAAGUUCAGCGGGAGGAAAUGAAAUGUGCUGUAUCUACAUCACAUGGUUCUCAACCAAACACAAUGGAGUAUGACUUGGCGUUGGAGUGGUUUUUGUUGCAGGAUAAAUACCUCCUAACUCAGAAACUGCUACAUGAGAGCCAGCUCAAGGAGAGGAUAUACUUCAGGAAUCACCUCAAAUCCAAGUAGAGCAACAGGUUUGCAUUUGUCAGUGUUGCAUCUCCAAUAUGAAUUACACACUUCCAAUAGCUCAGUUACACAGUGGAUACAUAUCAGUCAGAAAUCUCAACUCUACUGCUCACAGCUUAUCAAAUUUUGCUCAAACAGAAUUUCUUUCUUUUUUUUUUUCUUUUUUUUUUUUUGAGAGGUGGUGAAUGCUGUCUGAACAGUUUUUUGAAUUUGCAUCGUUGACCUUUCCUUAAAAAAAUUUAUUUUUUUCUCAAACUAAAGCUGCAUACAUCUCAGCUCUGUAAUUUGAUUAACAAUAUCAAAGGGGCUGUCAGGGGUCUGUGGAAGUUGAUAGUUAUU